CAUCCAAGGCAUGCUCACCUGUUGCAGUUGCAUUUUACAAUGGGGGAUUUGAAGGACAGUAAAAGUAUAGACGACAGAGUUCUAUCAGCCGUUCCCCUAAAACAGGGGGACAUUAAAGUUGUAUUUCACAAAGUUGGCGAUGACGACGACGAUGAACACACUACUGAGAGGAUUAAUUUACAAAGUAACAGUCAUGAUGAGCGGGGUAAUGAAGAGGCAAGGACUAGAACAGUGGAAAGCAGUGCGAAGCAAAGAUUAUGUCCUCUCUUGUGUUGUAGAAUUGGCGGCGGCGGGGAUCCCAUCUCAACGGACGCAGGAGACACAGUUGCCAAAGAGAAUAAACAUUGUCCAGGACUGGGCCUGUUUUAUGGCCUGCUGGCAACAGUAUUCUUCUCCAUUAUAGCUCUUCUGGUGAAGACGAUAGAUGGAGUCCAUGCUGUAGAAAUCAGUGCCAUUCGCUGCUUCUUCCAGAUGCUGUUUGUGAUGCCUAUGCUUAUCUAUUACAAGACUGGCUUCCUUGGACCAAGAGACAAGCGGAUCUAUUUGGUGAUGAGAGGGUUCUUGGGUUCCAACGCCAUGAUCCUAUUGUUCUAUGCAGUACAGCAGAUGCCCCUGGCUGAUGCAACAGUCAUCAUGUUCAGCAACCCAGUGUUCACCGCCUUGUUAGCCUGGAUCUUCCUCAAAGAGAAAUGCACAAUCUGGGACUGUGUCUUCACUGUCUUCACACUGGCUGGUGUCAUAAUGAUAGCCAGGCCUCCCUUCAUAUUUGGUGCUCGUAGAGAGGGAAUAGAGGGAGACUACACCAAUCAUCUCAAGGGGACUAUUGCAGCCUUCGGUGGAGCAUUAGGAGCAGCCUGCACUUUAGUUAUACUCAGGAAAAUGGGCAAAAGCGUGCACUACUAUCUGUCUGUGUGGUACUAUGCGGUCAUUGGUUUCAUUGAGUGUGUCAUCACUUUGUUUAUACUUGGUGAAUGGACCAUUCCAUUCUGUGGGAGAGACAGGUGGAUCCUUAUGCUGAUAGCGAUCCUGGGCAUCGCUGGCCAAACGUUCCUCACCAAAGCACUUCAGAUUGAGAAGGCCGGCCCUGUGGCCUUGAUGAGGACCGUUGACGUGGUCCUGGCCUUUAUUUUCCAGUUCUUUUUUUUCAACCGUAAGCCCACCAUGUGGAGUCUCGGUGGGGCAUGUUGUGUGGUCGUCAGUACCUGUGGUGUGGCUCUAAGGAAGUGGUACAGCAACACACACCCAAGAAAGAGCCGUGAACCACGCAUCAGACAAAUAUUUGAUUCCAGGAAUAAAUGAAAGGUUAUCAAUUAAUAUGAUGUUAAUGUUCAGCAGUCAAGAGUGUUAUGUAAACCAAAGAAGCAAUAUUACAUCCAAAUGUUACAUUCAAAUGUUAAAUGUUUUAGUAUUUACAUCAACACACUUAGAAAAGAGGGUUCUUUGGUAAGGGUGAUGGUUCUAUGUGGAACCAUAAGGACUCAAAAUAACCAUUUGAGCUCUUCAAUGGUUCUUUGCCGUUCAGAAAACGGUGCUUUAAUCUUUUAGUGAUAAUUCAAAUGUAGGGGAGGUGGCUCAUUCUAAUAUUUUGGGGCGGUGUUUUCUCACAGCUCUUUUUGUGCAGCCGAGAGUGAGUGUCAUUCUAGUUGACAUGAUCUGUUGUAUUAUGUCAUUGCAUGUUAAAUAUGACUGGCCAGUAAUAGUGUCUUGUGAGAGACUUAUGUAAGGCCUCGUGUCAACGGUUGACUAAAUCUCAAUUAUCUCCUCAGGGACCACCCAGCCGGUCCAGAGCUAGCACACCUGAUUCAACUUGUAAAUUAACACAAUAUUAACACCCAUGCAAUUUUAAAGAUAAUAUAAUAUGGCUAACCCUCUUUAUAGCACCAUAAAGGUUCCAUUUAGAACCUCAUGAACAUGGUUCUUUAUAGAACCUUCAAAAAGGGUUCCACUAUGGUUACAAGACAAAUUAACCUUAUUUGGCAGUGGCACUAUAUACGGUGCUUUCAGAAAGUAUUCAUACCCCUUGACUUAUUCCACAAUUUGUUGUGUUACAGCCUGAAUUCAAAAUCGAAACCCCAUAAUGACAAAGUGAAAACAUGUUUUUAGAAAUAUAAGCAAAUUGAUUGAAAAUCAAAUACAGAAAUAAUUAAUUUAACAUAAGUAUUUACACUCCUUUGCUAUAACACUCCAAAUUGAGCUCAGGUGCAUCCAAUUUCCUUUGAUCAUCCUUUAGAUGUCACUACAACUUGCAUGUCUGAGCAGAAACUAUACCAAGAAGUCCAAGGAACUGUCCAUAGAUCUCUGAGAUAGAAUUGUGUUGAAAAAUAUGGAACUACCCAGACUCUGCCUAGAGCUGUCCGUCUGACCAAACUGAGCAAACAGGCAAGAAGGACCAAGAACCCAAUGACCACUCUGAUAGAACUACAGUUCCUUGGCUGAGAUGGAAGAACCUGCCAGAAGGACAACCGUGUCUACAGCACUUCACAAAUCUGGGCUUUAUGGGAGUGUGGCCAGACUGAAGCCACUCCUGAGAAAAAGGCACGACAGCACACCUGGAGUUUGCCAAAAAGGCAAGUGAAAUACAAAAAUAUUCUGUGGUCUGAUGAGACAAAAAUUUGAGUCUUUGGCCGAAAUGCAAAGCGCUAAGUCUGAAAAAAACAGCAAUAACUCAUCACACAUUGAACACCAUCCCUACCGUGGAGCAUGGCGGUAGCAGCAUGCUAUGGGGAUGCUUUUCAGCGGCUGUGACUGGGAGACUGGUAAGGAUAGGGAGAACAAUGAAUGGAGCCAAAUACAGGCAACUCCUUGAGAACCUGCUUCAGAGUGCAAACAACAGACUGGGGCAAAAAUGUACAUUCCAACAGGACAAAUGACCCCAAGCAUACAGCAAAAGCAAUGCUGAAAUGGCUUCAGAACAAGAAUCUGAAAGUCCUUGAGGCCCCCAGCUAAAGCCCAGACUUGAAUCCCAUUGAAAAUGUGUGGAAAGACUUGAAGAUUGCUGUUCACCGCCACUCUCCAUCUAACAGAGCUUGAGAAAAUCUGCAAGGAAGAAUGGGAGAAAAUCCCCAAAUAUAGGUGAGUAUGUCUGUAUCAGCUUUGCACAAGACGACUCAAGGCUGUAAUCAUCACCAAAGGUGCUUCUACAAAGUAUUGACUCCGGGGUGUGAAUACUUAUGUGAAUUAGAUAUGUCUGUAUUUCACUUUCAAUACAUUUGCAAAAGUUCUAAAAACAUGUUUUCACUAUUGUGGGUAGAUGGGUGAGAAAAAAUAUAAAUUUAAUCAAUUUUGAAUUCAGACUCAAACACAACAAAAUGUGGAAUAAGUCAAUGAGUAUCAAUACUUUCUGAAGGCACUGUAGAACCAUUUUUGCACGUGUACUGAGUGUCACGGUUUUCUUCCUGGGAAGGAGAGGCACACCAAAACGCAGCGUGCUUAUAGUUCAUGGUUCUGUAAUAAGAAAACUCAAACAUGAACAAACUACAAAACAAUAAACGUGAAAACCGAAACAGCCCUAUCUGGUGCAGUAAACACAAAGACAGGAAACAAUCACCCACAAAAUACCCCAAAAAUAUGGCUGCCUAAAUAUGGUUCCCAAUCAGAGACAACAAUAAACACCUGCCUCUGAUUGAGAACCAAUCUAGGUAACCAUAGACUUACCUAGACACCUAAACUGAACACAACCCCAUAAAUCUACAAAAAACCCUAGACGAGAAAAAACACAUGAAUCACCCAUAUCACACCCUGGCCUAACCAAAAUAAUAAAGAAAACAAAGAUAACUAAGGCCAGGGCAUGACACUGAGGUUAAUCAGCUAAGCUUAUAUUAGCAUAUAUUUCUAUUUAAAAUGGGCUGAUGUCCUUUAUUUUAAUACACUGCUGGUCAGAAUAGGUUUUUUGUGGAAAUGUUAAGUGUGACAUUAUUUUUUACAAAAUGCAAAGAUUUUUAAAAGAUUUGCUUUGUGCAAUGUGUCACAGCUAGCAAUAAUAUUUUGUUGACCCAUAGACAGAUGACUUUGUGCAUCUCAUAUUUAUGCUGCCUACAGUAGUUAAAUAGUAUAAUAUGAUGGAAACUUGACAUUUACAGUACAAAUAGCUUUAUGACAGUAUACCACAGAAAACAACUUGUUGUGCCUUCCUUUUGAAAUGUGUGCUACUAAUUUAGAACUAUUCACUUGACUUUGCUUGACAUUUCUGUUACAUACAGUUGUGAUGCUUUAUAUACGUGUUAUACUCCUAGUUAUGCCAGCAUGACUGCUGUUUUAUAGUAUUUAUUUAUCAAUAGAAAUCAAAUACAUAUUUCUCUAUCAAAAGCACUUUCUCAGACUGAUUGAAUGUAUGACUUGUUUAUCAAAUAUGUGGCAAAAAUGCUUCUUAACAUUAACUGUGUUCAAUCAUUUUCUUGUAGGUCUACAUAAAUUGGUUAUAACAACAGUAUGAACAAUUUAAAUUAACCAUUUAAUUGUUCAAUGUAAUUCUGAGCCUACUGUGCCCUGCUCUUUCAUAUAUUGUUUAUACAACUUGAAAUAACUUAACUUCUUUAUGGGACCAUAAUUCACAACAUGUUUGUCCUCAAUUAAGGUGGACACAGAGACAAAUCUAAACCUUUGUGUGGUUCAUGUUCGAUUUGAUUUGAUUGAUACGGAUUUGAUUGACACUGAAAAGUUGUAUGCAUUUGCACAAAGGAGAGAGCAUAACAGAUGAGUUUUUUAAACUUAUUUUUUGACAGUUGAAUGGAAUGUUACCACCUUCAUGCCUUGCUCAAUCAUUUCUUAACUAUGUCAUUAUUAUAUUACUAUUUCAGAUGGUUUUAUUGGAGUUAAGGAUUACUCUAAAAGUUGUAUAUUCAUACACAAUGCAGGAUGUCAUUUUUAAAUUCUAAAAUAAAUUACAUAUA